AGUGGCAUACUGCGUGGAGCUAUUGGUGACGUCAUCGCAUCAUUCUGUGUCCUUCCAAACCGUAUUACAAUCCCGUUACUAAAUGACAGUAGCAUAUUUGAUUUGAAAUAUCCUAUGCCGAAGGUACUAUAUAUAUAUAUAUAUUGUACGCCUACUAUAGUUCAACAUAACAGUGAGACAAUGGUCUGGUCUACAGUUUGGAUCCGCUAAAAGCUCUACUAUGAAGUCACAAUCCAGAAUCCGAACUAAAUUACAAGCAAAAUCCACAAUCCGAGCCAAAAUAUUAGAUAAAUCCGCAAUCCGCUGUAUUAAUAAGAUCCGAAAAUCCGUGUAAAAUAUUCGCCAAAUCCAAAAUCCGAACAUUUUUUUCUGCGGAAUCCGACGAUCUGAAAACCUAUUCACCCCCCCCCCCCUUUUUUGUGGUUACAAUAGGUAUCUUGACUAAUAACAACCCUUCCUCAACCAAAAAAUGUCCGAAAUUACGGCACUGAUCGUAGACGCAUGUACUAGUAUAAGUAUUUGAAUCAAGAGAACGCUAAUUUGAUUUUAAACACUGUGUAGGGAGUGAUGAGGCUGGAAGUGGUCGAAGCUCGUGAUUUAGAGAAGAAAGAUAUUGGUUUCUUGAAAAAAGGAUCAGCUGAUCCAUUUGUUGUCGUGAAAAGUGAGUUUGUUUUUCUAAUUUAUUAUGUUUUCAAAAAUCGCAAAACCUGCAAUAUCGCACUGUAUACGUUCAGCAUACAACACACCCGUCAUGUCUUGUGAACGACAUUGAAUUAGGUCAAUGUUGCAAGUUAGGCUAAUAUUCAGCUUACUAAACCAUCGUUCGGAGGCCAUAAUUUUUGGGCAAAGCUAAACUAUAACUAUUGGCAUAAGCUAAAUGAUUUGUUUACAAUGCACUAUAAUUACAAGUCUACUGUACUGUAUAUACCUGUUUGCAAUACAUCUACUGGGGCAAGCUUUGUUCACGGGCGUCAUCAAUCCUGAAUCAGACGCGUACUGUAGUUUGCUGCACUGCACGCAGUCAGUCGUUCAAUCAAAUGCCAUAAUUAUAACUUCCCACCAGGGCCGCGGACAAAACUUUCCCAGGAGUCUAUAACGUCAUAAUUGUAAAAGGAGAAGCUAUAUAGCACUUUAUUGCAUACUACAGUUCUAAGUUUAAGGGAAUUCGGAACAAGCUGUUUGCAAAUUGUUUAGUUGUUAUCAUAUGGUGAGGAAAUUACAAUACUAAAACUGAUAAAACAAGCAUCACUUGAGUCACUCAAAAUUUGGAUAGAAAGUCAACGACUAACCUACAGGUGGGAGCAGUGCUGCUGAGAGGGAGCAGGGUAAUUUGCCCCGGGACCCCAGCUGAAAGUCAACGACUAGUCUACAGGUGGGAGCAAGUGUAUGCUGUUGAGAGGGGGCAUUUUGGCCCGGACCCCAGCUGAAAAGGGGGCCCCAAAGCGACGAAAUCCCUUAAAUUGUCUGGACACAAGAUUGCUUAAACCGAGAAUAUAAAUCCUAGCUUCGUCAGUGGCGGAUAAUAUAAACGUAACAAUUAACAAUAUUAACAACACAUAUGUUUAAGAGGUUGCAAAGCAGGCAUUGGUCAGCACAUUCCAUAUUUACACGGCACAUUCGUGCAUUUUUGACCAUGUUUAGUGGGAGGAGAGUCGUUCAAAACAGAAGUGAAGAAGAAUACACUAGCUCCCAACUGGAGUGAAACAUUUGAGGUAAGCAGACUUUAUUUCUUUUUAUAUCUUCUUAUUUUCUUUAAUUUCAACGAGAUAAAUAAUCGUUUUCCACUGCUUGCGUCGGAACCCACGCGUCUGAGUUGGAGCCUGGGGACGAGGCUGUUGUAAGCAUGCUAUGUGACCACACAUUGUCCGCCAUUUCGGGAUGACAAACUGUACAGGUUAAAGCCCGUUCUCCACUAGGCGAACUUUUUAGCGCAAAGCGAAAAACAAAUCUUGGCAAUGUGAUUGGUCAGCGAAAAAAUUCGCCGCGAAAAAGUUGGAUAAGUUCCUACUUUCUUACUGUUCGCGCGAACAAAUUCGCCUAGUGGAGAACGGGCUUAAGUAGACGGCAACAAGCGAAAAAGUGAAUUUAGUGAAGUAAAAGCACUGACAGUACUAUUGUUUAUAAUAGCUACUUCUUCCAUGUUGCUUGGUUACCACCCAAAAAUGGCGGACAAUGCGUGCACGCAUGGCGUGGGAAAGGCUAAUCCCCCUCACUCUUCAAAUUACUACUGAACACAUUAUUUAACAAGUUAGUACGCAAUGUUGUGAGAAUUGAUUGUGAAAAUCAUGAUCAAGUUUUUCUGUCUAUUUUAGUUCUUUGUCGACUAUCCACAAGGCCAGAAGAUCAAGCUGCAACUAUAUGACUACGACAAAGCAUCGGAUAACGAAUCAAUGGGAUAGUAUGUAUUUGUCUCAUAUCAGUUUUCAGUUGAUAACCUUUGAGGAUGAAGAUCACUACUUGAGGUGUACAGAAAAUAUGCAUGGGUUCUGUUCUGUGUUCACUGAAUUACAGUACUGUACUACCAUUCCACGUUAUCAUGUGUAUUAUACUGUUCUUUACUGUGCUGUGUUGCGCUGCAUAUCACUGGCAGGGUGCGAUAAUUCGCGUACUUACAUACGUACCGGAGGUACGUCAAUAUUACGGUCUGGUACUUCUUUGUUUUCAGCGAUGUACCACGUAGGUACGCAGAACUCUUGCUAUCUGCGUACUUACUUUUUUCUGGUAUCACAUGACCUUUCCAAGCCCAAGGUAUUCAAUACCGUAAUUUAGUUGAUAUACGUGUUAGUCUGACAUGUCUUGGCAUGAAACAUGAUUGGAAUGAUGGCACUAAGAAACGUUGGAGUCGAUUGUUUGUAUAUGCAAUUGUGCUUCUUUUUCUACCUCGUAGUCUGAACAUACUUUUCAGAAACUUGUACUUUAUGAACAUUAUUUUAAAGAGUAAAUACACAUAUAUUGAGUAUAUUGAUUGUGUACCAGCUCAAGUACGUGACAACAACCAUUGGCGUACCAGUUAGGUACGACUAAAAAUCUUGAAUUAUCGCACCCUGUCAUGCACUGGCUGCAAUGCUACAUACAUGUCACUGCCCUACACUCUACACUGUAAUGUACUGAACUAUACUGUACUGUACUCUAUUAUACUGUUUAGAAUUUAGAUAUUGAGAGAAUAUCCUUAUUUUCUUACGUUUAGUGUUGAGUUGGACAUCUCUGCUCUUGCUUCCCAAGGAAUUGUCGACUUGGUAAGAUUAUACUGUGAUUAUAUUAUAAUGUUAACAAUAGCAUAAUAAUUGUAAAAUCAAUAAUCGAUCAUUACAUGACGUAUUAUUAUCAGUGUGAUAAAUGCUAUAUAAUUGCACAUUGUCAUUGGCACUGUAUUCUUAUCCAGUUUUACACUAUCGUUUGUUUUACAACUAUUCACACAUAUACUUAUUUUGUAACCAUGCACUAAUGAAUCGUUGAACUACAUACAAACUGCGGGUAUAACACAGACAAACAAACGGCAGGUAGGCAUUCAAACCUGAUGAACAAGCUCAUUGUAGCUUAAGACUCGCAUUCCAACAUGCAUUAGGUUUUUCUAGAGAGACUAACAGGCUUCUGGAGACUGCGUGCUUGUACAAUAUAUUUCGUGUUUUAACAAACGACCGCAAAUUCUUUUGUAGUGGUUGCCACUGGAAGACACCAAGUCAGGUGAAGUGCAUGUGAAGUGCACGUGGUUUGCUUUAUCAAGUGAUCCUAAAGACUUAGUUGUUGCAAAACAGGUAUUAUUAUAAUUGCAUCUGUGAUUUUUUAUUUGCAAACAUUGUGGCUACUGACUGCUGUGUCUAGAACUCAUCGCAAAAAUCAACUGAAUAUAAACCUUCACCCAUGUACGAACCCAAUUGGUGGCCUUCAAAGCCGACGUUUUAUGUUUUUAUUUCAAGCGGGCGGGCUUGUUCAAUUUAGCCACCCGUGCGUUUCAAAUAUGCCUGCUUUCAGGCUAUUCUUGAGGUAACUGGCUGGCAGGAUUUAUUUGUUUAUAUAUUAAACUUGUUGGUCAGCUUGCUACAAGCUUGUUGUGAACAGAGCUAGUACGCAACUUUCAGAAGAUUUCCUUUACUUGGACGGAGGUUUAACGUUUUCUGAAGAACGAAACAACAGAAAAGCAAUCGAUAAAUGGAGCUAAGGUAUUCCUCAAGUUUGCUGUUAUGUUUCAUCAUAGGAUCAUGGUGAGCAGAGUAAAGAUCUGCUGGCAAAUGCUGCACUGUUUGUAAAACUGGACUGUGGAAAGAAAUUACCGGUGAGUCACAUGAAUUGAAAUCAUCAGUAAUUCAGUAAAAUUUAAAUAUAUGAUUGCAUGUCAGGACAGUGUUAAAAACGAGCCAAAAAUACAAAUACACGUAAAGGGCCGUUCAAAUGAGUCCAGAAUGGUCCAAAAUGGUUGGUCCAGCAAUGUGUUGGUUGAAAAUUUUGAACUCAGUCAAACAUGAUCCAACAUCAGCCAACAUUACCUAUAUAGCAUACUGUAGUAUUGAAACAUAUCAGAGCGGGUGAGUCGAAAGAGCGAACUGGACAUAAACAUGUCUUUUAAAGUUGCAAGAAGUCAGCAUGUUGCAUCCAAAAGUUAGCAAGCAAGUGCAACAAAUGAGACAAGUAGAUAGACAGCUCGAUCUUCAACAGUGCCUUUCAUGUGCAGUGUCCCAUUAUAUCGUGUAUUAUUAAAACUAUAUUGCGUGCUUUGUCUGGAUUAUUAAGAACUUAUAGAAUGUAUAGGACGACAGCGACGGAAUUACAGUAGAAUUACAGUAGACUUGCUCCAAGUCUGCCUCUCAAAAGGAGAUUUUAUUUGGGAGUUAUAAAGGGAAAAGACGUUUUUAUUUGUGAGUUAUAAAAGGGCGCGCGAAAGUGCGGGCAGGGGAAAAAGCUCUUCCCUUUAUAACUCCAAAAUAAAAACCUCUUUCCGAGGCAAACUUGGAGCAAGUCUACGAAGGAAUCUGAAAAGCACCUAAAUAAUUUGGUGAACGUUUAAUUUUGUGGGUGUUUAUGUCCUGUGUAUAUAACGCCUGCAUUUCAAGCUGCGACGGGUUAUAAUACUCCAAACUGGCUCAGUAUAACUCCUCUCAACCAUAACGAUCCUGUCUACUAAACCAGCCCUCAACGUUCACUGUGGGAGGAAGCAUCACGUUCGGUAGAACAUUGACCAGCUAUUUCCACAAAGAUGCAUGGAGUUCAAACCACCAUCUCAGACUGGUGAAAGGCAGUCGUUUGACUACUAUCCAAUUGACAUACUCGAUAACUGUAACGAAUACUGUAGUACACAAUACAUCAGCUUUUCUUGUAUUUCUCGGAAAAAUCCAGAAGUUAUUUUAUUAUAUCUUUUGCAUGUUUCAUUCGUGUGUAGAUUGCCAAUAAAGUGAAACGAUCAACAAGUGCUAUGUGUAAACUAACUUUGGGAAAUAAGACUGUCGAAAGUCAGGUAAUUACAUGUCAUGAAUUUCAUGGACAUAUUUUUUUAACAUUGUAGAAAUAGAAACGAGGAAUAUUCCUUCUUUUAGGUUGUUGAAGAUACUGUGAAUCCUGUUUGGGAUGAAUUUUAUCGUUUCUUGGUCUUUAAUGCGAAAUAUCAAGAGCUGAAUUUAGAGGUGAGUAUCUAUUUUGCCUAAAUGCUAAUUUAUCGUCAGCGGCAAGAACCGUAUAUAUGGCAAUGUUGGUUGUAGAUUGAUAGUUUGGAAGGUUGCUAAGCAGGCACUAGUCAUGGAAGUGGCUGUGGGCGAGGUUGGGUGCACAUCACAUGAUAGGGAGGUACUGUUUAAGGGCUAUGUUAUGAGAAAACAGCCCUCGGCAUGCAAGGACGUAGUUGGUGAUAGUGGUGAGGUUACAUCUUCCAAGCUUGUUAGAAAAUAUUUGAAUAAUAAGGAUACAUAGAUAGUCAGAGGUCCAUCUCGAUAAUCUGCUGUAUUAUAAAAUUUUAUUAUAAGUUCGUACCUUUCGAUCAUUUAUUUUAUUUUUGUUGGAUAAUUGCUUUGCUGAAUAAGAAAUGGAUUUGGUAAAGUUCUUGACCUUGGCCAAGACUACAGGUUGGUGACAAAACGUCCCACAAAAUACGAAUUUUAUUUUCAUUUAGGUGAUUGACAGCCACAAAGAGAAGAAUAUUGGUGUGUUGGAAAUUUCAUUGAACAGUUUGAUUGAUGCUCAAGAUAUGUCAGUUGAACAGCCAUUCCCACUUCGUGAUUCUGGUUAUGAAAGUUCUGUUGUGUGUGAACUCAAACUUAGGGUAUGUCACUUAUUAUUGGUAUUAUUGUUAUUAUGUUACUAUUGUUAUGUCAUGUUAUGUUAUGUUAUGUUAUGUUAUUGUUAUGUUAUGUUAUGUUAUGUUAUGUUAUGUUAUGUAUUGGGUAAAACAGAGUUUAUUUGCUCGUUUUUCCGUGAGAGCGGAUCUCGAGAUCGACUAAUACGUUUUCGUACCACGUGAACUUUGUUUUCCUCGCCUGAUCUGCAUUGUCUUACUCCCUCGCCUAAUCUGCAAUGUCUACCACCUCGCACCACAUCUUCUUUUGAUCUCUUCAGUGCUGCCUAUGUCCUUCAGCGCUUACAAUGUAAGUCUCUGCAUUCGCAUCUCCAUCAUUCCUCAGCCUCAUCAGGUCUUCCUUUUCCGCAGCAUUUAGCUCCCUACAGCGACAACAAUCCCAGCAUUGAUUUGCAGAUUCCUGUCACAUAUUACUCCUAGCAUUGAACCAAAAUUAACUUGCUGUAUACUGUAAUAUAAAAAACAGGCUCUGGUGAACAGGAAAGUAAAAUAUGAUGCAUGUGGUGGUGAAGUAACUUCAGUUACAGAAAUCGGACAAGAAGAAGCUAAACCACAGCCAAAGACGGAGCCUGGGGCAGAACCAACUGAAGAGUACGUGAAACCUGUUCCUGUAGCCGAAAAAGUAGGAAGGUACAUGAAGGACUUGGUCUUCUUCCCAACUUCUGUAUCUGCUUACAAGUUACUUGAAUGUUAUGGUGAUUUGUGCGUUCACUUUAUCAUCGCGUUUACAUGAAACCGGGCCGGAAAUCAUUCUAUGAUGUUUUUUGUGUAUUUCGAAAAUACAAUCCAUAACCAAUGCUGUUAGUCUUAUUUUCAUGUAGUUGUGUAUUAUCAACGUUUAUUCAAAAUCCAAACCGGUCCAAGAAUGUUUUGUAUUUACAUUACAUCCCUCUAUAGAAGCUAGUUGCCUAGAAGAUAUUGAGUUCGGUCUUGCUGGCGAAUCUAGCGAGCGAUUCAGUCUUGCUUGCGUUCGCUCUUGCUAGCGAUGAUGUAGCGAUAAUGCUAGUCUAAUUGCUAGCGAUAUAAUGUUAGUCUUGCUAGCGAUAAUGCUAGUCUAAUUGCUAUAGUGAUAAUGCUAGUCUUGCUUGCGUUCGCUCUUGAGUGAGAGACCGGAGUGAGAAAUAUUUCAACCCAGUUUCAUAGUGAGACAAUAUUAUGACCGAAACGAAAUCCCAGACUGACCUCGUCUCAGUCUCCUCUGCAUGGGGCCUAAAUGAGGUUUGUAUCUAAAUAGCCUGCAUGCUUGGUAAUUUAUCCUUUCUUUCUUGCAGUGAAGAACCACAAAAUGUUCGCCAGAGAAAACCUGUUUCCUCGCCAGCUGUUCCCACACCUGAGUCCAAACCUGCAGCUGACUCAAAACCACCUGACUCAAAAUCAACUCCUGGGUACGUACUGUAAAGACUUGAUUUUUGACUUUAAAAAGAAAUCGCAGGGACGUAACGCUUGCAACAUUCUACUGUGCCUGUUGCAAGACAUGGUUAACCAGACAAAAGGUCUUACAAAUAAUUAUGUUGGUGUCGUUUUAAAGAUGUAUUCGAAAAAUAUUGCAACAACUAUCUAAUUUAUAGGCGUAUCAGCAUUUUUGACGAUUUAUUUUGAAAUUAUGGCAAUUUUCUACUCUUAAAAAUAAUAUGGAUGUUAAAAUAUUAGAAAUUUAAAAUUUAUUGUGAGAUUUUUGUGUCAAUUUUAGAGAACGAACUGGUGAGAUAGAACUCUCUAUUACACAUAAAGACAAUAAACUUAUUGUUGUUGUCCAUUCAGCCAGGUAAGUAAACAUUUUUCUUCCAAAUACUUUGCAAUAAUGUACCUUUCCCCAAUUAUAAUAACUUGUAGCUACUCGUUCCAUAAAUAUUUCCAUACGUUUUUGCAUCCAAAAACCACGGCCAGCAAUCAGUUUUACUGAAAAACAAAGAAAGAGGCGCGUUAAUUCCGAAUUGGCUAACAGAUAAAACUACUGUAUCGGCCAAAAAUUGGAUGGCCAAAACUGUUUACUAUAUUUGUAUAUGUUUUUAUUUUCAGAGGGUUACAACCAUGUGACUCGGAUGGCCUUGCCGAUCCCUAUGUUCGUAUGUAUCUCCUUCCCGAAAAAUCAAAAUCGGCUCGUCGCAAGACAGAUGUGGUCAAAAAUUCUUUGGAACCCAAGUUUAAUGAAACGUAAGUACAUAUAUAGUGCAAUAUUAAAUAUGAACAGAGAAGGGAAAAGUAUAUCAGAACACAGAUUUGGAAAGAGAUUUAUUACGUGACAACCUCACGUGACAGAUGAGGAGGUAACAGUCCUUAAGAUUCUCCCAUAAAAUGUGUGAACUGAAAAUAUUGAAAAAUGUCCUCCAAUCUUGUAGUAAACACGCUCCAGGAUCCACUGUCAGGGCAAAUGUUUUGCAACAUUUACUUGGAAACGAAAUCAAUAAAAAUUGGUAAUAUGCAACAUAGUAAUAAUAAAUCAAUAGCUUACUUUAAUUUGUGUAGUUUGGAUUGGGCUGUGGACAGAAACGAGAUUCCUAAGAGAAGUUUAGAAGUGAUUGUGAAAAAUGACGUUUCAUUUUUCUCAAGAGCAAAGACAACGAUGGGAAAAGUAAGUCCUAUUUUAUGUUACCUAUUUUUAUACUACUUCAAAUUAUUUGAAGUAUAUAGUAGUAUGUUUACCAUGCAUGCAGUGGCACCAUUAGCAUACGCCGUAGACCCCAGCAGGAACGAAGUUGCGAGAGUCUACACCGUAGGCUAUUAUGGUACCAUGCACCUAUAUAAGGAAAGUUUUAACUGACUCAUUGUCCGAGCAAAAAACACUAACCAUGACAAUAUUGAUUAGCGAAUGCUUGUCUAUAGAUUACUGUGUUUGAUGGGUUUUUGUAGAUGGAAAUUUCGAGCGAAAAUUUAUAUACCUGACCUGACCUGACCUGCAAGCAUAUAGGCCUUCCGACAGCUGGAUCGAACAUGCGGUCCAUAUACAUUACACUAGCUGGCAUAUAACCUUAGUAUACAUCCAUAUACAUUACACUAGCUGGCAUAACCUUAGUAUACAUCCAUAUACAUUAAACUAGCUGGCAUAACCUUAGUAUACAUCUAUAUACAUUACACUAGCUGGCAUAACCUUAGUAUACAUCCAUAUACAUUACACUAGCUGGCAUAACCUUAGUAUACAUCCAUAUACAUUAAACUAGCUGGCAUAACCUUAGUAUACAUCCAUAUACAUUAAACUAGCUGGCAUAACCUUAGUAUACAUCCAUAUACAUUACACUAGCUGGCAUAACCUUAGUAUACAUCCAUAUACAUUACACUAGCUGGCAUAACCUUAGUAUACAUCGAUAUACAUUAAACUAGCUGGCAUAACCUUAGUAUACAUCCAUAUACAUUACACUAGCUGGCAUAACCUUAGUAUACAUCCAUAUACAUUACACUAGCUGGCAUAACCUUAGUAUACAUCCAUAUACAUUACACUAGCUGGCAUAACCUUAGUAUACAUAUAUAUACAACAACUUGUGGGCAGUGCUCGACAACAAGCGCAUUGGUCAGAGCUUUGCACUGGAAUCACAGGGCCGCAGGUUGGAUUCUUGCUGGAGAGCCUAUGGUUACAUUAUUCGCAGCUGCUCCCAAUCAAGUCAAAAGUUAUAUAUAAACUUUCGCUCGACUGAAUUUCUAUUUACAAAACCCAUCAACAUCCAGUUUUAUCAAGCGAGAUGCCCAUUCGCAUGGAUAAUAUUUUUCAAAGAUGUGUUUAAAUUCGUAAUUUUCUCAACAGACUGUUGUGGAAAUGUCAUCUUUGGAUUUGGAAAAAUCUGAGCCAAAAUGGUAAGUAUGAACGUCGUAGGCCAAAUUGUCUUUAAAGCUCACGAUUGAUGAGACUGAUUGAUGAGAUGACAUUUGUCUGUUUUCAUGUUUCAUUAGGCAAUAUAAUCUUAACCUAGCUCGAAUCCAAACCCCAACCCUAUAACCUGGGAUCCUCGUCUUAACCAGAAAUCCAAACCUCAACCCCAAUCCUGCAAUCUGCAACCUUAAUAUUUACACAGUAAUUCUCCAAAUAUAUACCAAUAUACAGUGUGUAUCAAAAUAAUUCGAAUCCACAUUUGGCGUGUAAUAACGCAGAAUAUAUUUGACAAAUUCGGUUGGUUUUUACACCAUUGUUAAGUUCAUUUAUUUAUCUUUCAAAUGACAUGCUGUACGCGUCAUUUAGUUGGAAAAUGAAGGAGUAUUGCUUUGACAAAAAAAGUCCAUAAAAAUCACAAUUUUCCGCCGAUAGGAAUUGGACAUUUUUUCUUUCAAAGUUAGUCCCACAAGGCUUUGAAAUGCUAAUCAUCACUGAAAACUAAAAUGCAAAUUUAACGCGAAUUUCUUCUCGUUCAACAUGUUGAAAGCGAGCUUAAAUCUCUUUAAAUGAACAUGAAUUUAUGUAAAUUUUGCUGCAUAACAGUUUGUUGAUUAAUUAAAUUUGCAUUAUCUUUUGUUUGUACGUCUCACUUCGAAUUCCCAUCGGCGGAAAAAUUUGAUUUCGAGCAACCAGUUUUAACACACGAUUUCUUGGUCAUUUUUGAUCUUAUUGAUAUAAGAACGAUAUAAUCGGAAACCUAAUAGGCUAUUCUUUAUUGCCAUAUAAAAAUUAUAUGGUUUACUUUAGUAUUUUAUAAACAGCAGUCUGUCAAAUUUGGAUUCGAAUUAUUUUGAUACACACUGUACAGGGUGUAUAAAAAAAAAACGCAACCUCGGAAUUUCCUAAGAAAUCACUUUGCAAUUCUUAAGCAUAAAAGAUUUGGCCCCUGGGAAAUGAAAUCGAAUUGCUAAUAGAUCAUAUUACUGUUGUUGUGCAUUCAAAUAAAUGCAUAAAUUUUGCUUUAGGCACUCGUGUGUGCAGUAAUUUUGACAGUUAUGCUAUUUUAAAUUCCCAGGCGCCUAAAAUCUUUUGUCUUUAAAACAAUGUCGAUUUCUUGGGAAAUUCCGAGGUUGCGCUUUUUUUGAUACACCCUGUAUAGCCCCAAAAUAUAUAUGUUAGUAUGUGUUUCUUAGGUCACAAGACAGCCAAGACACGGCAAUACUAAUUCGUCGUCUCAUGUUAUACCCACUUUUAAUAAAUCAUGUUUUUCGCUAGUAUAUAAAGUGCAUACUCCGGUGGUAUCACUGGUAUGAUUCUUCAAUUUUGUUUGGCAAUGUCUACCUUCAGCAUACUUAAAAUGUAGAAAUAAAUGGUAUAACAAACUAGUUGUUCUACCCAUAACUAACCUUCCAGACACCUGACCACCUUAAAGUGCACCUAACCUCAAUUCUUCUAACGUCUCUUUUCUAAGAACCUUUGAAAUGAUAUUGUAACUUAUUUUGAAGAUUUUCGUUUGCACACUUUGUCUCUGAGUUAUUUCAGUUUUAUUGAUAUGCAAGUGUCCGGAAUUUACGUCACAUAUGAAUAAUGUCUGAUCAAAGACGUACAGUUAAAUAUCAUGAAAUAAAAAGGCUAAAUUGUGUUUUACAUAUAGGUAUGUAAUCCUCCCACAACUCCAAUCUUCAUUUUAAUGAAUUAAACUCGAUAGUGAAUACGAUAUACAAGCAUUUACUUUAAAUCAUUGUGCAUUUGUGACGUAAAUUCCGGAUGUUUGCAUACCAAAUAAGCUGAAAUAUCUCAGAAACCAAGUGAGCAAACAAAAAUCUUCAAAAUAAGUUGUUAUAUCAUUUCAGAAGUUCUUAAGAAUGAUACAAAUAAUUGAGGUUAGGUACACUUUAAAUGAGACGAUUUAUCGUUUUUAUAGGUAUCCAAUUUAUGAUGAACCUGAUGACAGCGACUGAAUCCACGAACACACAUCAUAGCGACUACAGAUUAGUUAGGAAUUGCAUAAUUAGGGUGUUGACAAGAGUUAAGAUAAACAAAUUGCAUGAAUCUUUUUAAAUACGAGCACAUUUAAAACAUUAACAAAAUAGUUUUAUAGAAUUGAAUGACUGCACAUAGUCUUUAGUGACCAUUUCUGCUUUAUUUACGACUAAUUUCAUUCGUGUGUAGCUUGUUAGUAAAAUAUAUCUGAUUGGAAAUAAAAAUUGUACCAAAUGCAA